AUGAGGAGUGAGGAGCAGAUGAGGUCUGAGAUGAGGAGAGAGGAGCAGAGGAGGUCAGGGAUGAGGAGAGAGGAGCAGAGGAGGUCUGAGAUGAGGAGAGAGGAGCAGAGGAGGUCAGGGAUGAGGAGAGAGGAGCAGAGGAGGUCAGAGAUGAGGAGAGAGGAGCAGAGGAGGUCAGAGAUGAGGAGAGAGGAGCAGAGGAGGUCAGAGAUGAGGAGUGAGGAGCAGAGGAGGUCAGGGAUGAGGAGAGAGGAGCAGAGGAGGUCAGAGAUGAGGAGUGAGGAGCAGAGGAGGUGGGAAAGUAGGAGAGAGGCAGAGAGGACACCAUACAGAAGAGAGGAAGUCAGAAAAGAGGGGAGAGGCGGAGAGGAGACCAUACAGAAGAGAGGAGAAGAGGAGGCCAGAAAGGAGGAGAGAGAGGCGGAGAGGAGACCAUACAGAAGAGAGGAAGUCAGAAAAGAGGAGAGAGGCGGAGAGGAGACCAUACAGAAGAGAGGAGAAAAGGAGGCCAGAAAGGAAGAGAGAGAGGCGGAGAGGGGACCAUACAGAAGAGAGGAGAAGAGGAGGCCAGAAAGGAGGAGAGAGAGGCAGAGAGGAGACCAUACAGAAGAGAGGAGAAGAGGAGGCCAGAAAGGAGGAGAGAGAGGCGGAGAGGAGACCAAACAGAAGAGAGGAAGUCAGAAAGGAGGAGAGAAAAACAGGAGGUCAGAGAGGAGAAAAUAG